AUGACCUUGACCCCCCCCCCAACCCCUCAGCUCCAUCUCACACCCUCUUUGGGACACUCAGCCCCACACGCUGCUGCUAUUGCUGCUGCCGCUGUCAUUGUUAGUUUCAAGAACCUUGGAAGCUUGCGACGAGACAAAGAAUCGAGGCUGUCGCCUUUUCUGGUUGUGAAGAACAACCGACCGAGAAUCGCCUACAUGUGGUAG